AUGUCCAUUUCUGAUAAAGCUCAGGAAAUAUCUAGGGAACAGACCCCGAAUACAGAUAUACCAUCUUCUUCACCUUUGAAGAAGGAGAUCGCAGAAUCGUCUUCCGAACUGAGCGAUAUCAACAGCUCUGAAGUGGAGACCGACCUGAUGGAAGACAUCAUUGACAGCGACCUGCAAAGAAUGGCCACUCUUGAUGGAGACUCGAAUUCAAAUUCCAAUGCGAUUGAAGAGGAUGACGAUGACGAUACUUUUGUGAAAAAUGAAUCUGAUUCCGCAGUUGAGUCGCGCAAAAGGAGGAACUUGGAUGGUGAGUCUGACCAAAAACGGAGGAAACUGAGCGAUAGCAAGCCGGAUGAGGACGUUGAUGAGGAUCCUUCGAACGAUAAAGAACAGGGCUCUAAAGAAGAAGAAGAAGAUGAUGAGGAGGAACAGGCAGAGGCACUAGAAGGAGAUAAUGAUGACGAAGAGGAAAAGGAGAAACUGCGCGCUGUUGCUUUGGCCGACCUCACCGAUAUUGAGGUUGGAUUUGCUGAGCUCAAGGAUUCCAUUUUCCAAAACCAACUCUCUCGGCUUCAGUUCGAGCUUGAGCUCUGUGUGAACGGAUCGCACCCGGAAUUCAUCAAUUUCGUGUCGAUAAUAAAUAAGAACUAUGAGAAACGGUUGAGCUACAUCACCAAUUCCCAGAGGUACCAACUCAAGUGCAUAGACGACCAAACCAACGCCCAAAGGGCUCAGGUUCACCAGCAGUUCAUCAAAAACUGCCAGGAUCUCAAGACAGAGUACCUGUGGGAAACAACCUCGGAAUGGUACGAUAUCAAUGAGGAGAGACGCAAGCUGGACAAUAAAGUGUUGGACAUCCCAGACUACUACCAGUUCAAUCCUAUGCUGAGCACGCGGGAUGAAAACGACGUGAUUCCAGAGCUGGUGUCUCAGAGAAACGGUCUGCUUCUGGAGAUUAGCCAACUGAAGGGAUUACAAAAGUACGUCGGUUUUCCGUCAGCACUUUAUGACCUCAGGAGCGCGAGAAAGGCCGAUAUUGACAAAGAUCUGUUGGAGAUGGGAAUCCGAAAAUGA